AAUCCGAUAUUAACCCGAUUAAGACGAUACUCUGAUUAAGAAACUACCAUGUAAACAGCGAUUAUUGAUGACCUUAAUCCGACUAAAGCCAUACUCGAAGUAAUGACGUGUGCCGUUAAUCGCUCUAUGUUCUAUAACACGUAAAACAGGAGCAUGAAUGGAAUAUUCUAAAAGCAACUCAUGUAAACACCUUAAUCAGAAUACUGUCUUAUUCAGAAUAAGGUCAACAAUUAGAUUACUGCUGUCCAUGUAAACAUAGUCACUGUCUUGCUGCAUGGUGAACUUCCUUUCCUCCCAAUAAGAUUGCAGUUCAUCACACCCAUAUGUGGUUCUUCCCCAGACGGUCACCACACAGUUGUAAACACGCGUUUGUAUCGGAUGUCAUUGUAUGCUUUAGUCCUUGCUCCAAAGCGAGCUCCAUGGUGUGCCAAGAACUCAAGAGUCCUGCACACAGCCCUGACCUCAACCCCACUGAACACCUUUGGGAUGAACUGACUCACCUGACAUCAGUGUUUGGCCUCACUAAUGCUCUUGUGGAUGAACGGGCAAAUCUCCACAGCUACAUUCACGCUCGAGUGUCCACAUACAUUUAGCCGUAUAGUGUAUACACACACCCUACACAAUAUAUGGUUUUACCUGUAUGUUUGUUAGUUUUUUUAAAUUAUUAUGAAGGAAUCUGCUCUGCUGUUCACUUCAUGAAAUACAACUGUUGUGAAUAAUUGUGGAUUCAUUUUAAAUCACUUCUCCUGAGUGUGAAAAGGUGAGGUUUACGCAUCAAAUAUAGCAAUGCAUUUCCGGGGGAAAUGCUUUGCAGGUCAGCUGUGUUACUGGGGAGGGUUGCAUCUUAAUUGCACCUGUUAUCCUAUUGGCUGUUGCGCUCCAGACCAGGUGAAGCUCGUUACACGCUGGCUGUAUAAGCAGGUCAGCUCUGCUUGGUGCUGAUACACUGUUGGUCCAUCGUGGUGUCAGAAGGCUCUAAACAUCAUGUCUGGUCGUGGGAAGAAAGCGGUGGCUGCUGCUAAGACGAAGUCCUCGGUGUCCCGCUCUGCACGUGCUGGGCUUCAAUUUCCGGUUGGUCGCAUCGCGCGCCUCCUGAGGAAAGGCAACUAUGCGAAGAGGAUCGGUUCCGGCGCCGCUGUUUACCUGUCUGCGGUACUGGAGUACCUGUGCGCGGAGGUGCUGGAGCUGUCCGGAAACGCCAGCAGAGACAACAAGAAGCAGCGCAUCGCUCCACGCCACAUUCAGCUGGCUGUGAGGAACGAUGAGGAGCUGAACACGCUGCUGGGCGGAGUCACGAUCAGUGAAGGAGGCGUGCUGCCCAACAUCCAGGCCCAACUCCUGCCCAAGAAGACCAAAGCACCCCGAGAGGACCACAGCAGCAAGGACGUUCAGUCACAGGAGUUUUAAAAAUCUCAUGUGCACUUGUGUAAUUCUUUUAAAUGUUUCUUUUGAUCAAUAAACCUGGUUUUAAUUUAAAUUCUCAUUGAACUGUAUCCCACACUUGCACCCUAACCCCACCUCCCCCAAUGAGUAGGCUGCAGGUUCCUAACCCUGGUCCUGGACUACCACCAGUCCUGCACGUUUUAGUAUGGUCCCUGCUCAACACCUGCUCCACAUCUGCAUGGGCUGUUGACUAGUUGAACUGCGUGUUGCACUAGCCAUUAAAAUAUGCCAGCGUUGGGAAGCUCCGGUUAAGGCCAGUGAUUAUCUGUUCUUGAUUCAGGAACCAUGUUUGAGAGUCAGGACCCAAAAGCAGGUCCGAGUUUUAACUUGGACAAAACUGAACUGUGUGAAUGGAAGUCAGCUUCAGAGCAUGAAACA